CAAACUCAGAGAUAGAGAGAGAUAGAGAGAGAGAAAGAGAGAGAGUCCUAUGGACUAACCAGAACAUAACCAAAACAACCACCAGAGAGAGAGAGAGAGAGAGAGAGAGAGAGAGAGAGAGAGAGUAUAUUAUCAUCGUCGUCUUUGAAAAACCUCAGUUAAUUAGAGGAAUAGAUAGAAAUUAAAGAUGGAAACCCCAAAGAGAGAGGUGAUUGAAGAUUUCACAAUAAUAGGAGGAUUGAUAGUGGUGCAAAUGAUAUAUGCAGGAAAUUCAUUGUUACUCAGUUAUCUCAUGUCCUUGGGCCUCAAUUCUUUCACUCUCAUCAUUUUCUCUGCCUUUUCCACCUUUCUUGUUCUCUCUCCUCUCUGUAUUCGUUUUGAAAGGACUAAAUGGCCCAAGAAAUUUAGCUUAAAGUUGUUGAUUCAACUGCUUUUAAUUUCUUUUGGAGGGAUAACAUUAUUUCAAUCUUUUUUCCUACAAGGGAUCAAGCUAACUUCACCAGCAGUGGCAACAGCUAUGCCAAACCUUGCUCCAGGACUCAUCUUUGUCAUCGCUUGGGUUUUUAGGUUAGAGAAAGUAAAACUAAGUUGCAUGUACAGCCAAAUCAAAAUUGUAGGAACAUUGUUAUGUGUCAUCGGUGCUAUUACAAUGAGCCUCAUGCACAGUACCAUAGACACUCCCACGGAAAAAGAAGUUCAACUAUUAACUCUUUUGACUGAUGAUAGCAAAUUUGAUAAACAGAAGAUUAUUGGCUGCGUGUAUCUCAUGGCAGCAGUAUUUGUUUUAUCGAGCAAUAUUGUGUUGCAGGCCACGGCAUUGGUUGAUUUUCCAGCACCAGUGUCCAUGUGUGCAAUAACAUCGUUAAUAGGUGCGAUAACUACUGCAGUUCUACAGCUGAUUCAAGAACACAAAUUGGAAACUGGGUGGCCAGCAAUGAGUUUUGGACACCUCAUUGGCUAUUCUUUACUGGGGGGAACAAUUAACGGGGCUUGUGUGAGCUUCAAUGGAUGGGCAAUAAAGAAAAGAGGACCGGUGCUGGUGUCCAUGUUUGGUCCCGUUGCAACUGUCAUCUCAGUGAUCCUCUCUGUCAUAACCAUGGGAGACUCCAUUACUCUGGGAAGCCUUGCUGGUAUGCUUCUCAUGUUUACCGGUCUCUACUUCGUGCUAUGGGCUAAAGGGAGAGAAUCUCUCUCCAUCAAGGAUGGAGACACCUUGAAAAGUGAGUACGAUACAGAGACGCCUCUCUUGUCUUAAAUUUUUAGUUGGUGUGAAUUUGUAAGUCAUUAGGACUUGGAUAGAAAAUGCAAAGAUGGUAUUCAUGGUUGAAUUCUUGCUAUGGCUUGUUCUAGCCCAGAUAUAUAAAUUAUGCAUUUUCAUGAUUCAAUAUAAUUUACGAAAAUGAAACAUGAACGGUCUAAUGGAGCGAAGUAGAUUUAAAUUGUAAAUAGUUUGCUUGGGAAGGAAGAAUUGUAGAUGAGUACGUUAGACAAUUUAUGUGUUGUUAUAUAGCUUAAAUCUUGAUUGUUCAUACUUA